UACUUCUUCAAACUUUCUCAUCACUCGAAGACAUGCUUUCUCAAAACUCAGCCAAAAGACAAAUACCUCCAUUCUCAAGACUAAGCUAAAAGACAUGAGCCACAACAAUCUCACCAACCACUAAAGUACCCUCGAUUUCAAGAUUAAGCCAUGAGACAUUAGACACAACCUCAAUCCUCAAUAACCAUUCCAAUUACACGUCUCACGUAAAAUAAAUUGCAAAGGAUUCAAAACAUAUAUGAAUAUGGGCACUAUAGCAUCAUGACAACAUGCAAUUAUAGGGAUGGUAAUCCAGCGCAACUUAACACUAAUAAAUUAUUCGAUGAUCAUAUGAUAGUUUCAUGGUGGAGUUUAAGGUGAAAUUACACUAUUCAUCUUACGUUUCUGCUGCAAAGUUAUGAACUCAGCAGUUUAUCGAAACAAAUACUAUAAUUUUUAAUAAUUUUAUUUUAAUAAUAAUUAUAAUUUAUUUAAGCGUAAUAACUUAAUUAAAUCCCAUUUCUCAAUUUUCUUCCGGAACACUUGAACCCUAAUUCCCCCAAAUCACAACUAUGGGUUACCAAAUCGAUUUUCAAAUUCAAUGAAAUCAACAGUUUUAGAGAACACUGCAUUAUUCGACCUUAUACCCAGCACAGCCACAAACCUCCGCUCACCGUCACAACUGUCUCAUACCGCAUCUUCACUCCACCGCUGCCACUGAUACUCAGGUGGCUCUGGCUUAGCCCUGCUCUCCAGUUUGUUGCCUGAUUUUUCUAUUUAGAGAUACAAGAAUACUAAAAAAGACAAAAGGCGUUGGUACAAAAUGCUUCAGCACCAAGUCGUGCAGUCCCCUGCCAGGCUAGGCCUUACAAAUCCUAACUCACCAUCAAUUUUGAACCCUAACCCACAAAAGCUACCUCCUCCACAGACCCAUCAUCACAAAAACCACCAUUCUGCAACUCCUUCAGCUGCUCUACUCUCUCUUUUACCACCUCUCCCUAGAGCACAGGCACUUCUUGCUCAAAUGGCUACCUUAGCUUCAAAACUCUUUGAAGUAUCACCCAACAGAUCUGUUUGGCUCACUGCAUUCCGUGGAUCACUCCCAACAUUCCUUUCUUCCCAAACCCAAUCACAUUCAUCUUCCUUGCUUGAGUCUUCUUUGCCUUCCUCCGCCAAAGAAAUUAUUUCACUUUUCACGUCCCUUCAAACCCAAAUCUUUGAAUCUGUUUCUGAACUUCAAGAAAUUAUUGAUCUACAAGAUGCCAAGAAGAAGAUUGACGGGGAAAUUAGGUUAAAAGAUUCAGCACUUCUUGCGUUUGCCAACAAACUCAAAGAUGCCGAGCGGGAACUUGACAUUCUUGUUGAUGAUUACUCUGAUUACCGCCACAGCAUCAAGAGAUUUAAAUCAGGAGAUGGUAGUGAAGAUGAUUCUGUAACCACAUCAACUGUCACAUCUCAGCUGAAACUGUCAGAUAUACUAUCAUAUGCUCAUCGAAUAAGUUAUACAACCUUUGCACCACCAGAAUUUGGAGCAGGAACGGCUCCUCUUCGCAGCGCAAUGCCACCUGCACCACAAGAGGAACAAAUGAGAGCUUCACAGCUAUAUAACUUUGCAGAUCUUGAUAUUGGUUUGCCUAAAGAAGUUGAUAAUAAGGAGAAAACGGUUGAGGCUAUUAUUGAGCCUCCACCUUUACAGCCCGUCGAUACCAAUCCACUUGCAAAUUUGUCUGCAAUUCAAGGGAUGCUUCCUCCCAAUUUUUCUAUUCCGCCUGGUUGGAAACCUGGAAUGCCUGUACAAUUGCCUAUUGAUAUGCCAAUUAAGCCCCCACCCGGGUGGAAACCAGGGGAUCCUGUGGCAUUGCCUCCUGUUGACUCACUUCCAGUCCCAAUAUUUGAGGAACCGAAAUUACCCCCUCCCAUUCCUCAGCCCAGGCAGCCUGAAAUUAUUCAAGUGCAGCAUGUUAAUUUGGAUCUCGGAGGAACUGAUAGUAGUGAUUAUAGUAGUGACGAGGCAAGCUCUGAUGACGAAGAUUGAGAAGUCCAUCAAAUUUUACCUUCUCAAAUUAUCAACUGUACAGGUUAUACACACAGGAGGACCAGCCACUGUUUGAGAGGGGAGAAAUGUUAAGCAUCUGGAAAAGAGUUGAACUACCUUGGCCAGCAUAAGUUAAUUUGAGAAAAGAGUUGAACAUCCUUGGCCAGCAUAAGUUAAUUUGAGAAAAGAGUUGAACAUCCUUGGCCAGCGUAAGUUAAUUUGAGAAAAUACAUACAGGAUGGUAACUCAACAGCUUUUUUGUUUCUCUAUUAUCAUAUUUUCCCUUUAAAAUGAGAGGGUUGAAGAUAGUGUAGUUGAUUCUGAAAUUGUAUGUCACUGUCAGUCCCAUGAUUUCUGGAUUAUGUAGAAGAUUAUAAAUGAGUUUAAUAUUUGGAUCUGAUUGUCUUUUA